AUGGAGUGGAGCAUAAUCCAACUGGACGCCAAUGAAACAUUUUCCAAAUUAAUGACCCUGGGUCCUUUAGUGAUGGAGACUGAAGACGUCAAGAGUUCAACGCACCAAGGUUCUGUUCAGAUGUUGCUUUCGUUAAUUGUUCUCAUGUACAACCCUAAGCUUGUCUGGGUCAUUGAGGUACUCAAGGUGUGGACAAGGCUGCAAGUACUGCUGGCAGUAUGGACUAAAGAAGAACUUGAUGCAAUCAAAGCUAGUCAGCCUAAACUCUACGAUGAUCGGCCUUCUAAAAAAAAAGAAGAAUAA